AGAAAAAAACUGCCGCCAUCCAAUACUCGUUACUAAUCCUUCAACUUACGGAAGCGAACCAAACUAACUCCUUUCCCUCUCUCUCUAUUCUUCUCUGUAUAAAAUAAUGGAAGCUUUUCUUCACUCCUCUCAAGGAACUCCGAAUAAUCUCUUGGGUUCUCAGUUAUUGAUUCAUCCAUGCAUCUUCACAAGCCGGAAAGGUGUCGACUUUCUUCUCCUCUUGGUCUCCUCCGCCGUGUUUCUCCCUGAAGCUUCCAGUCCCCUCGAUUGUAUCACAUUUUCUGCAAUUCCUCAACGAAAAAUGGAAUUUUUCUGAGAAGACGCCACUCCAAGGGCGAAGAAAUGGAGAAGCUCCGAAAAAUCCGGAUAAUUCUCGGAAUAACCUCUCCAUUUCUUGUUCUGCUACUCCUCUACGCAAUGUGCUGCUGCUUUCGGAGGAGAUUCCGUUGGAGCAGGGAGAGGGAGUCGUUGGAGGACGGGGGAUGUGGGUACGGCGAGGAGGAGGGUGAAAAGGAAGCGGAGGAGGAGCUGACCAGGUUCGCCGGAGGGGAGCAUCUGACCGUCCACGACAUCCUGGAAGCGCCGGGGGAGGUGGUGGGGAAGUCCAGCUACGCGACGCUCUACAGAGCCAGCCUCGAGCGGAGCGGCUCGGUGGUGCUGCUCCGGUUCGUCCGCCCGGCCUGCGUCGGCCGGACCCAGGACGUCCUCCUCGCGGUCCAGAAACUGGGCCCCGUCCGCCACCCAAAUCUGGUACCCAUGACAGCGCUCUAUGCGGGGCCAAGAGGGGAGAUGCUUUUCGUCCACCCCUUCUACGCCGCCGGGACUCUGUCGCAGUUCCUUCGGGAUGGAGUUGCUGAAUCCCACAGAUGGGGAGUCAUUUAUAAGCUUUCUCUGGGUAUUGUCAAGGGACUUGAUCACCUUCACACAGGCCUGCAGAGGCCUGUUGUCCAUGGCAACCUCAAGUCGAACAACAUUUUGCUGGACCAUGAUUUGCAGCCUCACCUCUCAGAUUUUGGCCUGCACCUCCUCUUGAAUCCAACAGCAGGACAAAAAAUGCUCGAAGCCUCUGCAGCUCAGGGCUACAAAGCCCCAGAACUGGUUAAGAUGAAGGACGCCAGCACCGAGAGCGAUGUGUACAGCUUGGGGGUCGUCUUACUCGAGAUGCUUACUCAGAAGGAAAUUAUGAACAACAAAUUCUUGCGUUCUCAAGAUCUUCAUCCGCCCACCUCGUUGAGAAACUUGGUUCUUGAGCACAAAGUUUCUGACAUGUUCAGCUCCGAGCUCAUCAAUCGAAGUAAGAAGCAAAAUUCCAGUAAUGAGGACAGUUUGUUGAUGUUCUUUCAACUGGCGAUGGCUUGUUGCUCUCCCACACCUGCCCUGAGACCGGAUAUCAAGUACAUUGUCAGAAGGCUCGAAGAAAUUGGACAGUGACAAUUGCCAACCUUGUGUUGGCAGAAGCGGAAGCAACAACUUGUCAUUGUAGGAAUUGGAAUUUGAUGAUGUUUUGUUGAUGAAGAUGUCGAUAACCACGAGGAGGUUGACAGGAACAAUGGGGACUAACUAAUUAAAUCUUUCUU